AUGAGCGAAGCCCCAGCAGACAAACAGACCUUCACGGGCUCCUGCCACUGCGGCUUCAUCAAAUACAAAGCUGCAGUGGCCCUGACCGACCCGCCCACCGCUGGCCGCUGCAACUGCACCAUCUGCCUCAAACAAGGCUUCACGGGCAUCCGCCUGCCUCGCGAGGACUUCACGCUGCUCUCGCCAUCGUCGCUCUCCGAGGCGCGAGACUACCAGAUCCGGUCCCCGGACAUCCACAAAUACUUCUGCGGGACGUGCGGCAUCCACGUGUGCGGCGAGGGCAAGUUCGAGUACCCCGCCGGGUCUGGGACCAUGCACGAGUUCUUCUCCGUCAACGCCCUCACACUCGAUCAGCCCCAGGACGGGCUCGACUUGAGUCGCUUCAAGAUCAACUAUGUCGAUGGGCGGAAUGAUAAUUGGGGCGCGGGGGUCAAAGACGUGCCCUGGCCUGGUGGUGCUGUGUGA